ACAUUCUUGUAAACCAACUGUAUUUUUGAAAACGAGUGGAUUUCCAAUAUUGUCCAUUGAAAACAGCAUUAGAGGAAUUGCUUUCUUAAAAACUUGCCAUUGUUUAAGCAAUUUAGCAUUCAUUUAGCAAAAUAAGGUAGAGCGUGCCCGGGGGGCUAUCAACCGCAUGGUUGCUAGCCUUUUUCUUAGUGCACCAGGAGGUGUAAUCCCACACCCCCAAAUCAAUUGGUGGCAGUCCGAAUUAUUUUACGAAUUUAAGAUCUACAGCUUCCACUCAUUCCCUAUGCAAAACCUCUUCACUAGGCCUAUGUGGCGGCGGACAUGCUUGACCAUUUGGCGGAAUUUUAUUCUGGUCACCAACAUAGGCCUCAGGCGAUGUUUCUUUUUAAUCAAGUCAUUGAUACAAUGCUAUAAGUUUUUGGUCAUUUUGAAUCUUUUACACUAAUGCUGGGUAGGCCUACUCUUGGUUAAACUCAUAAUAAUUUUACCCAUUGUAUUUUCUUUCUCCGAAAUUUAUGACCAGAGGAAUUGAGACGGAAAAAUUGUACUGAACACCCGUAGGUGACCUUUUAAUUAUUCUAAUCAUUUUGUAAUUUGCAUUAGUUGUUCCGCGGGGGACACGACGACCAGGAACAUUCUAUGCUAUUUUGUGACUAUGUUCCGCGGGAAACACGAUGACCGGGAACAUGAUCUGUGUUAUAUAAUUGUUCCGCGGGGGACAGCACGACCGGGAACAAUAUUUGCUAUGGUAUGAUGGUUUUUAUUUGGUGAAUAUGUUCCACGGGGGACACAACGACCGGGAACAUGCUUUUGGUAUUUUAAUAAGGUUCCGCGGGGGACACAACGACCGGGAACAUGCUUUUGGUUUUUUAAUAAUGUUCCGCGGGGGACCCAACGACCGGGAAAAUGCUUUUGGUAUUUUAAUAAGGUUCCGCGGGGGACCCAACGACCGGGAACAUGCUUUUGGUAUUUUACAGGGAAAGGGGAUGUCUUCCAAGGGUCCAUGCCAGCAGCGGCAAAUCAUUUGCCAAUCAUCUAAACUUCAACGAUAGGAUGCGUAUCCAGAAUUUCAUUGCGAACUAUGCAGAGACCCAUGCUGUUUUCCUGCCUGGUCGCAUUCCCGGGUUCAAGAGGGACGAUCUGCAGCUACUUCCAUCCAGUGAGACCAAGGCUAAUGUGUGGCGCAGAUACAAACUUGCCACUGAAGAAUCAGGUUACAGAGUUGUGGCUAUUUCCACAUUCUGGAAGGUGUUGAAUGCGGUCUGCCCUUUCAUCAUCUGCCACAGACCAAUGACAGAUGUAUGCUGGCAGUGCCAGAAAAACAAUUGCCUCCUCUACCGGUCAGCGAAUCUUCCUGAUAAUGAAAAGGCGGCUCGCUGCCAGCUACAACAGGCCCAUCUUGAGCAGGUCAACCGGGAAUGAAAUUUCUACAGAGACCUGGUACAACACGCAAAAGAAUCAUCCCAGGUGCAGGGAGUGUUUCAUCUAGGGAGGAACGAGGCCUGCGGUGGACAAGUGCACUCA